AUGAACAUGAGUGUGAUGAGUCUGCAGAUACCCUGCUACAGUGCAGCUUUGGCUCCAACGCCACCAACAACAACAACAACCACAAUUUCACCCACAAAUCUUUUGCCCUAUUUUGACUUUGAUGUGCCACGUAACUUGACCGUCACAGUGGGCCAAACGGGCUUCCUGCAUUGCCGUGUGGAGCGAUUGGGCGAUAAGGAUGUCUCGUGGAUACGCAAACGUGAUCUGCAUAUACUCACAGCAGGUGGCACUACCUACACCUCCGAUCAGCGCUUUCAGGUACUGCGGCCCGACAACUCAGCCAAUUGGACGCUGCAAAUCAAGUAUCCGCAGCCGCGCGAUUCGGGCGUCUACGAGUGCCAAAUCAACACCGAGCCCAAAAUGUCCCUCUCCUAUACCUUCAACGUUGUGGAGCUCAAAGCGGAAAUCUACGGACCCAGCGAUCUGAUGGUAAAAACGGGCAGCGACAUUAAUUUAACCUGCAAAAUAAUGCAGGGACCACACGAGCUGGGCAACAUAUUCUGGUACAAAGGCAGCGAAAUGCUCGAUGGCAAGAACGAGAACGAAAUCGACAGCUCCAUGGCACGCAUACUCGUCGAGGAUGAUUGGUCGGAUGGCUUGACUUCCAGAUUAAAAAUCAAGCGAGCCAUGCCCGGCGACACCGGCAACUACACCUGUGUGCCAACCGUCGCAAAAACCUCCAGCGUCUAUGUGCACGUAAUUAUUGGCGAACACCCGGCGGCCAUGCAGCACAAUUCGAGCAGCAACAGCAACAGUUUCUACUGCGGCAUUUGUUGCAUGCUGCUGAGCAUCGUCUCCUGCUGCCUGCAGCACUGGUAUGUGUGUGCAGCGCCUGCUGAGACAAUGGCUGCGCUUUUCUUGCUGCCAACCAAACAAUUGUCACAGACAGCGACGGCAACAGCAACAGCA